AUUAUCUAAGGAAGAAAAUCCGUUCACAUGAAGGAAGAGAAAAGGGUGAGAAACAAGAGGGAAGAGAAGAGAAUCCCGCGGAAAAAGAUGAGGGAAAAGGAUUCUCUGCCGCAUGCCGCGAGCCUCCGGGUUGCCUCUUUUGAGUUCUUCCACGAGCAGCGAUACCACGCCCGACCUCAAGACGAGGGCCCUCUUCUCAUGCUCCAGCAAAAGAUUGACCAGUGCAACAGUGACGUUGUUCUGGACGAUGACGCUGCUGGAGAGAAGCAUGGAACGCAAUGCGGUGAGGAUCCGAGGUUUGUAUAGUGCGGUCCGUUGUUCUCCGCUCUCCCUGGUAGCUCGUCGGAGCAACACCAAUCCGGACUGCUCUGACGGCUCCAUUCCCCCAAAUUUGUUCAGCAAAUCCUCUUCUGAGAGGCCGGCGCCGGAGGCCGAAAAUGCAGGCGGAUCAGGAGCCGGCGCCUGUGGUUGUGUUUCUUUGGGCGAUUAAUCGACUAAGACGAUCUAUUCGAUUUGAAGAACACUACUUCGAGAAUUAGUUUGACGAAGUUAGAUUAUAAAAAAAAUAAACAAAGUAAACACCGUCACAAGAAAACACCCUAAGCAAAGUGUAGGACAGGUUGGGUUUGGCUAAACCAGCUCAUCCAUCAGUGGUAUCUUUAAAAAUUCUAGGAAUGAGGUGGUGAUAUGACCACUCUGAUUUUCCCAAUUUUUUUAAGUAUCCUCGUUGUGCACUUCACUAAAGGAAUCAGCGGGGGCACAGAGUCACAGACUAAGCGGGGAGGAGAAUAUCAAGCUCUCGGUCGUCUUUAAAGACGACCUUCCUCUUUUCCCGGGAGGACAGCGAUGCUCGAUUCCACCGUUACGAUCUGAGUCGUAACGUGUCGGCCGGCGUCGGCGGCGAAGAUUUGCACAGGGGCGAGAAGAGGGAUUUGCGAUGGGGUUUUUGCGAGAGGUGAAGCGGUGCUGCUUUUGCUCGGGCGUAGGGAGCAGGAUCAAAGAUGACAUUUUUGCCUCCAAAGGUCCCGCCUUGGCGGCUAUUUCUGUCGGAGGCGGAAGCAGAGGCGGAGGAAGCGUGAGAGGAACAGGGUUCCUCAUCCACCGCAACCUUCUCCUCACGACUCACGCCAACCUCCCAAAUGCAGCCGCUGCGGAGGUCGCCGAGGUCUCCCUCUGCCAUGGUCGUCUCCCUGCCAGAUUUGUUCCUCAAAGAUUCUUCGUUACAAGUUCCAUUCUUGAUCUGACGAUCGUGGGGAUCGAUACUAUGGAUGCCGACUCAUCCUCACAGGUGCAGCAGCCUCAUUACCUGAAAACCUGCUGCAAAUCGAGUCUUGAGCUUGGGACUCUAGUUUAUGUUCUAGGAUUCAUGGAUAAAGAAGAGUUGGCAAUUGGUGAAGGAGAAGUAGUAAUUGCUACCGAUAACCUCAUAAAAUUGUCGACUGAUGGGGUCACAUGGUUCCCGGGAUCUGCUGGCUUUGACAUCCAAGGGAAUCUAGCUUUUAUGGUGUGUGAUCCCAUGAAACUUGCUUCCUCGCCGACGACAAGAUCUGCUUCAUUGUCUUCAUGGAAAAAGGAUGUCCCUAUGCAAUUUGGAAUUCCUAUCCCGAUCGUUUGCAAUUGGCUACAUCAGCAUUGGGAAGGAAACUUAGACGAGGUUAGCAAGCCAAAAUUACCUCUGAGUAGGUUGAUGUCGAGUGGACACAGUGAGUAUUCUGGUGUGACUUUCACACUUCGCCGGAUCUUCAAAGCCAACGAGGAGAAUGACAAUGCUUCAUCGUCGUUGCAAAUGGUUCAACACUCUAAAUAUACUCCUGUAUCAAGCAGUUCUAUUGCCGGAAAGAUUUCCUACAACGAUACUCCACUGGUGGAUCUGCGUUCGACCCAAAUUGCAGAUCAGGAAAUCUUACAAUCUCGCAAUUCAGUGAAAAAGGUUGAAGAUGCUCCUUCAAAGGCUCCAAAACCUAUAUUUUUACCGUUACCUCUUCGACACAUGCUCUCUGAGGAAGCUGCCCAUGAUGAUUGCAGACCUUCGAACCAAUCGAGUAAAAAUGGCAUUGAUCAUGAUGUUCCUCUGGUUGGUACCUGGCAAAAUGACUGCUCCAGUGAGGUGCAGUCCACUGCAUCUCCGAUCGAUAUGUUGGAGGAUGGGUUUGACAGCGGGGUGGAAACAAUGUACUCUGCCGAGACAAUGGAAAGUAGAAACAUACCGAGUCCAUUGGAAACCAAGUACCAAAAUGUUGGUAGGAGUCGUAGUUGUGUCGACUAUAGCAGAUGGAGUUGCGAUAAGCAAAACUCAGCAGCAUUGCAGAAACAGAAUACCAUAAUUCCUGUGAGAAAAACAAGUUCACCAGGGGCGGCAUUACUUCCACGGAAUCACGAUUACUGCAGCCCGACAGUCUCAUCGAGCAUGAAGAAAAGGAACAGCUCGGAGCAGACACCAAGACCUCGUCGGAACACCAUUCAAGUGUCACCGAGGUGGGUGCUCUGAUGAUUGUUUGAGAUUGGUGUUGUUUCUGUAUUUGUGCUGACACAAUAACAUGGUUCAUUGUUAAAGACUGUACAUGCGACAUUGUUGAUAAAUGACUUAUCGAAUUGGAUG